UUGUAAUUGAACUAAGCUUGUUAAAGUAUGUUUAUGUAGCAGACAAGUUUAAUUAUCUCACGUGAGACAAUGGUAAUAACUGGAAGACAAUAGCCUGGGUGUGCACCGCGGUGAUUGGUCGACCGUCUAGGUGUGUGUGGUUGGGAUUGGUCAAGUAAUUAGGCGCGCGGUGACAUCGAGUCGGGUAUAAAAAUGAGAGACCAAAGCGCGAGAAUCUAAACUUACCGUGAGCUUGCUGCACAGCUGAGAAUGGAGGACAACGGUAGGAAACGCCGCCCGCCAGACGACGACCUUCAAGACACAAAGAGGUCUCGCUACGAAGAGAUCCUUGCUUCGCUGGAUCUGGACAACAUCAACUGGGCGCAGGACGAGCCGCGGGAAGGCGAUUCGCCUUGGGUAGACCUUCAUGGCGUCCAGUGGUCUCAGUCUUUUACACAAGAAACGGCUGAAGAAGAAGAAGGACGCGACAUAGAAUGGAGCCAGCUGACUCCGUUCACCCAGGAGGUGUCGGGGGGACGAGGUCGACGACGUAGCGUGGAGUCAGCUUACUCCAUUUACCCUGGAGUGCCCGGACAUGCCGGACCUGGUGACAGAUGAGGACGCAGACGAGGAAACGCCGGAAGAUGGAG